GACUGUUGAAUAAGGUUCAGCAUUAGGUUGUGAAAUUGUAAUUUAUUUUGAUUGGUAAAAUGUCAUCAUUUGAACAUCUUACUGAGAUAAAGAAUUUCUUGUUAAACAUGGCAAGUUAUGUAGGAUUUGCAAAUCUACCAAACCAAGUCCACCGUAAAUCAGUCCGACGAGGAUUUGAGUUCACUCUAAUGGUUGUAGGAGAGUCAGGGCUUGGGAAAUCUACUCUUAUUGAYAGCUUAUUCCUAACAGACUUGUAUUCAGACAGAAUUGUACCAAAAGCUGAAGAAAGAAUAAAAAAGACGGUAAAAAUUGAGACAUCAACUGUUGAAAUAGAAGAAAGGGGGGUUAAGCUGCGUCUAACAGUAGUCGAUACUCCUGGAUUUGGUGACGGCAUGGAUAAUAAUGACUGUUUCAAGCCAAUUUUAGAGUAUGUAAAUUUGCAGUUUGAGAAUUACCUUCAUGACGAAUCAGGUCUCAAUCGCCGAAACAUCACAGAUACACGAGUGCACUGUUGUUUUUAUUUCAUAUCWCCUACAGGACAUGGUCUAAAACCUCUCGAUAUUGCAUUCAUGAAGGAAUUACAUSAAAAGGUCAACAUUGUACCAGUCAUUGGUAAAGCAGAUACUCUAACAAAGUCAGAACUUGCAAGCAUGAAAGCCAGAGUUCGACAAGAAAUUGAGGAAUAUGGAAUUCAAACUUACCAUUUGCCUGAAUGUGAUGAUGAUGAAGAUGAAGACUUCAUUGAGCAAACUAACCAGCUUCGGAUGGCCAUGCCCUUUGCUGUGGUGGGGAGUAACACUUUGAUAGAAGUUGGAGGCAAAAAGUCUCGGGGAAGGCUCUACCCUUGGGGUGUUGUGGAAGUUGAGAACCCUGAACAUUGUGAUUUUUCUAAACUACGAACAAUGCUUAUUACUCAUAUGCAAGAUUUAAGAGAGGUCACACAAGAUGUUCAUUAUGAGAAUUUCAGAGCGGCAGCACUAGGUGAAGUAGCACCAGCAACCCCAAGAAGUAGCAAGAGUUUGAGCAGAGUAAAGGAGCAGGCUGCMAAAGAAGUUAUGGAGAAGGAGAGAGCUUUACAAGAAAAGGAAGCUGAGCUAAAGCGAAUGCAAGAAAUGAUUGCAAAAAUGCAGGCACARAUGAAGGCAAAGAGCUAGCAUUAUCAACAAACCAUGACAAAGGCCAGGAACAUUUGAUAAUCASCAAUUUUAUCAUUAAACCAUUUUAAUCUUGUAAAUGUUUUAACAAAGCUUCCAUGAAUAACAGUCCAGUAAUGCAUAACAUUUUUAGCUUGUGAACCCUUGUUAUAUUCGAUUUUUCAAAUAAUCCUGAGUAUCAGAAUGUUUUUGAGUUUAAGUUAAGACCAUUCUUGUCAGGAUCCACCAAAUCAAAGCUAGUAUAAAAUGUCCCCUAAAACAAAUAGUUCAUUUAAAAGCAAUAAAGACCCUAGAAGAUAAGAAAGUUCGAAUUACAAUCUGCGGAGCUAUGAAUAUAUCAAAUAUUAAAGAGAAGUUACACUGACUACCAUACAUUUUCUUUAAUUAAAAAAAAAAUAAAAUCGCAAUGGAUUUCCUAAGGAACCUCCAUAAUUUUUGCAGAAGUAUUUCAAGGCCAGUUUUCUUCAAAGCCAGGGUCAAGGUUAGCGCUAAUCCAGGGUUAACUCUAAAAAACUCUAUGGAGUUAACCUUGGAUUAACUCUAAUUCCAGAAUUCAUUUUGACAUGGUUUGAAAUGUGUGCUAGUGAGCAGUGUUCAUUUGCAGAAGGGUCUAUUGACCUGGUUUUGUGUUAAAAAAAAACACCCCAGUACUUACAAUUUUUGAUAAAUUGUUAUAUGGCCUCAUUUCACACCAUAUAUGUUCACACGAAUAGAAUGUACACAUUUUAUUGAGACAAUAAAGUUUAUUAAAAUGUUAAAAACUCAA